AUGGCUACGCUCAUGGCUGAGCUUCAAAAGAUCCCUGGUGGGGACUACCGUCUUCUAACGAAGGUUACAUACUCUGCCUCCGAGGCGCGCGGAAUGGCCGUCGAAGUCGCCUUUGCGUGGCUCUCAGCUGCGGCAUGCGCAGGACUUCUCGGAGCGCUCGCAAUCUCGGCGUGGAACACGCGCAAGUCUGUGAACCCACAUCUGUUCGUCCGUAGUCACGUAGCUGCAUAUUUCGUGUCGCUACUGUGGUGCGACCUCAUGCAAGCAUUCUCGGCCAUGCUGAGCGUACGAUGGCUCAAUGCGGGAGCCGUGACACUGGGUCAAUAUUGCACUUAUCAGGGCUUCCUCAAGCAGUCUGCGGACGUGUCUAUGGCGGUCUGGACUCUGAUGAUCGCUCUACACACAUUCCUUGUCGUGUUCCUUCGCUGGAGCAUGCGGCGGCGCUCCCUCUUCGUCAUGCUGGGAAUUGGGUGGGGAUUCAUACUACUCAUUGUGAUCAUUGGCCCAGCGGGCUACAAGAGCAAUCUGGGUCCUUUCUAUGGUAUCAACGGUUACUACUGCUGGAUCGCUAGCAACUACGGAAAUCAACGGGUCGUGUUGGACCUCCUCUGGCUUUUCAUGGGUGCCAUUUUGAGCUUCGUACUAUACGGCUUGGUCUUCCUCAACUUGCGGGGCAACGUCACAACGUCGGGGAUCUAUUUCCGACGUGACUCAAGGAUGGUAAGGUUGGUGGAUGAGGAUAGUGUCGCCAUCGCCAAACAAAUGCUCAUCUAUCCGAUCGCCUUCACUAUCCUGAUCUUCCCAAUGGCAAUUGUCCGCUUUGUGUCGUGGUCCGGAACCCCAGUGACCGACGCAGCGAGUACCUUCGGCGAUACCGUGUUCCUGAUGUGUGGGCUCGUCGAUGUCCUUCUGUUCGUGCUGACUCGGCGCGUUCUACCGGAUCACAGCGUCAUCCCGAAGGGCUACUCACUCCGUUUCUGGAGCAAAAAAGAUAACGACGGCCCCCCGCAACGCUCCAUCAGCGCUCCUCGACCUAUCAUUGACCUCAACGCUGACCUCGAGAAGGCUGAUGACAGCGAGAAGGCCACUGAGGCGACCCUUGACGAAGCUGUCUUCAAACGCGCAGACAGCCCAGACGAUUCUGAGGAUGAUCACAACGAAGUGACGAUCCGUGUACAGAGCCAGGUCAUUGACCGAAUUCACUUGCAACCUGGCUACGAAGGUCUCGGUACACCGCCCGGCCUCUCGCCACAGCAAUCUAGCCGCACAGCCCAGUUCUCGGGCCGCAUGGAGGAGGUUCAACUCGACAGCUCUCGUGGCAUACGCGUCCCAGAUCAGCAAAGGGAGAACGAGUUCUUCGCCAGCGACCUGCCGCCCCUUCCCCCGUCAGCAUACACUGCGUACGGCAGUCCUGCGCCAGGAAGUGCUAUCCCGACAAGCGGACGAUACGUCGAAACCCCGGCCAGAAUUGGUACGCCUAUACACAGCGCCCGUUAUGCCGAUGAGGCUCCCGCUACUGCUGCGUCCGCGCAUACCUUGCGAUACCACCAGGACGAGCACGCGUUCCCGGAGCCUCCUCGCAGCCCCAGGUAUGCAACGGAAGAACCACAGUCUAUACCCAGUCCGGCCCGUAGUCCCAGGUUUCAACAGGCGAUUCAAAUCCCCGAGCCCGAUAAUAACCCAAGGUUCGCCGAGGAGAUCGUCCGCCACUUCGAAGAGCUCCCUGCUGCUACGCCCCUCCGAAGCGCUUUCUUCCCCGAGGAGGAACGCCGUGCGCCCAGCCCUCUUCACAGCGCCCGUGACAACUACGCCCGCGACGAGAGCCGCGUGCCUACGCCGCUGCACAGUGCCCGGACGGCACGCUACGAGCACGAGUCUGAGCGCAUCCCGACUCCCGUCCAGAGCGCCCGCAACGCCUACGCCGAAGCAACGCCACCGAUAACCAGUGCUGCCGCGCCCAGUUCCGAGAAUCCGUACCGCGUCGACCUGUCCGCUCCGUCCCCCCGCGCCGCAACCCCCGAGGUCCGCUCCGCACAGGCCGGCUUGUCGCAGUACCGCUGCCGCAGCCCCCUGCUCAGCUCCCAUGGGGGUGAACCGAGUCCGACGGACAGUAGCCUCUACACCGAGUCGGACGACGACGAGCCGUUCACCAGUGACCGUUCCGCGCGUUACCAACAGUACCUUGGCACACCCCGCAGCGCGACCUUCCCCAGCCGGAACACGCCUUCCAGCGCGCGCGAGGUCAAUUUCCCGAUGAGCGCGCGGCUGCCCGCUCCUAGCAGCAAGUGGCCGAGGUACUGA